UGAUCAGCAGACUCCUGGGGCGCGAUUCUGCUAGGAACAUGUCAGAUAUCUGCUGACGCAGCCUGCGCAAUCAACCAACAGCGUCAGUGUCAUAUGUGGAUAUGUCGAUGCGCGGUUCCUUUCCCUCAUACAACCCAUGGAUAUUCUCGCACAGGCCGAAGUGCAUGCGAAGCUCUCCCAUCUUGCUUGCUCAUAACCUACUAUUCUAGAGCAGUUGCCAUGCUAAGUGCAGCUUCGCGUGCGAUCUUGAUGCUCCGCAGGUCGUAUAUAGACGUUCAUGUUGACGUCCCGCCGCGAGUAUGCCACUCAGACCGGGGCCCGUGGUCGACUCUGCUUGCAGGAUUGUGGAAUCAUGUCCGGAGUACCUGUGUUGUCUGCGAACCUCGCGACUGCGGUGAUGGAAAGUCUCUUUUAUGGCAUCUUCCUCGUACUCUCCUUCUUUUCUAUGUACAUUCUUCAGUAUCGUCGCUCGCAGGUCUCCAGUCUACCGCCAAAUCCCAGGGCGACACGCAACAUGGUGUAUCUCACGCCAAUGUCCAUAGCUGCGGUGUGUCUCCUGAUCACGAACACGGCGCACUGGAUCAUCAUGGUAUACCGAUUAUUUCAGGCCUUCCUUUACUACGAAAAAGGAACACAGCCAGUCGAGUUCUACAAAGAUGCAUCGCAGCCGUCUGAAGUGACCCAAACAGCUGUGCUCAUGAUAUCCCUCAUUAUCGGUGAUGCGAUGAUCAUUUAUCGCUUGUGGAUCGUUUCGGGAUAUAAUUGGUAUAUCGCAAUAUUUCCGUCAUCCACCUUGGUUGGCUUGGCUGUGUGCACAGUCGGUUCGAUUUACGAGUUGACGAGAUCAAGAGCAGGCGGCGACAUCUUCUUUGCCCCUACUGGACAUUGGAUUACGGCAAAUUGCGUUUUCACGCUAUGUACGAACGUGUACAGCACUGCCAUGAUUGCCUGUAAAAUAUGGCACGCCAAUAAAGAAGCUAAGCGUUUUGGUGGAAGCAGUCUCAUGGGCGUUACAGGAAUUCUUGUCGAAAGUGCCGCUCUGUACACGGCCUGGACCAUCUUAUUCUUCGUGACCUACAGUAUCCAGUCAAAUCUACAGUCGACAUGCAGCGAGACAUACUGUGCCGUAGCCGGCAUAGCGUUCAUGCUCAUCAACGUUCGCGUCGGCAUGGGAUGGGCGCAGAGAGCUCAUGUAUCGCCAGUUGACAUGGAUGCCUCUCGAGAAGCCGCCCAGGAGUCAUUCGGUAUGACUCGGAGGGUUGCCAUCAACGUAACCCGAGUAGUACACACCGACGAUGGAACUGGAGGCCCGAUCAAGUUCAAAUCCUCCAGUAGCCUUGACUUACCAUAGACGAAUGCAUGAUAUCUCCGUUCCUUGUUUGCUCACCGUACCCUUGAC